ACAAAAAGGACACUGGUUUCUGGUAGGAACCGUAACUGUGACGCAACACAGGAAGCGUUGCGUUGUUUCAGUGUUUAGGGCUAAAUUUUGAACUCAGAUCUUGGUUUGGUCGGCAUGGCGUCUCAGCAGUAGGCUUUGAUUAAACAGUACUGUCAUUAAAACCAAUUUAAGUGACCAAACAUGCCGAAGGUCGUGUCCAGAAGUGUCGUGUGCUCCGACACCAGGGACAGAGAGGAGUAUGACGACGGAGAAAAGCCACUUCAUGUCUACUACUGCUUGUGUGGGCAGAUGGUUUUGGUGCUGGACUGCCAGCUCGAGAAGUUGCCCAUGAGGCCCCAGGACCGUGCCAGGGUGAUCGACGCGGCCAAACAUGCCCACAAGUUCUGCAACGUGGAGGAGGACGAAAAUGCGUACAUCAAAAGAGCCGAGGGCAUCGAGAAGCAGCACCGCAAGAAGUGCGGCAAGUGUGGCCUGCUGCUCUUCUACCAGCACCAGGAAAAGAACAACCCGGCCACCUUCAUUGUGGACGGAGCCGUGGUCAAGUUCGGACAGGGCUUCGGCAACACCAGCGUCUACAGCCAGAAGCAGCCUGAGGCUCCCAAGAAGGUCCGCGUGAUGAUGACCAAACGGACCAAAGACAUGGGCAAGUUCAGCUCUGUCACAGUGUCCACCAUAGACGAGGAGGAGGAGGAGAUCGAGGCAAGGGAGGUGGCGGACUCGUACGCCCAAAACGCCAAAGUGAUUGAGAAGCAGCUGGAGAGAAAAGGCAUGAGCAAGAGGAGGCUGCAGGAGCUGGCUGAGCUGGAGGCCAAGAAGGCGAAGAUGAAGGGCACACUCAUCGACAACCAGUUCAAGUAGAUGAGUCUAACUCAGGGACAAAGACAUACUGUGACUGUUAUCCUCCGGAGGGCUUCACCUACACUGAAGAACAGUGGAUCCUGCAGAUCCACCUGCCUGACCUGUCCAGUACUUGCCCAGUUGCUGGGGCAAGAGCACUGCAGUCGACAGAGAGUGUGUUAUAUAUUUGGACAUAUAGAAAAGGGACUGAUAACGUUUGUGGGAGUUGCAUAUUAAUAUGGUGAUCUUUGGGAAGUUACAGACCUUUAAAUUUGUUUGAAAUGUUAUUUUCUACAAAAUUAAAAUAGCAAAUAAACCUGUUUGCUUUUUUUCCCCCAAA